CCCUCACUUGUCCAUACUCGCGCUCCCUGCUCGCUCUUCCGCUCUCUACGCGCGCGUGGCAGCUUCAUGUGCCCGGCGCACCUUCAAUGAGCGCACAGCUCGCCUUGCCGCGUCUCCGGCGGCCUCACCUUCGCUGUCUCUCCCAUGCCGCUUCGAGCGCCUCCACUUGCACCCUGCUCCACUCCGCCGCCUCAACAUGCGUGCUUCGACGCCGUCGACGCACAGGCGCCACUGCACAGCGCGAGAUGCAUGUCUCCACGGCUGCUGCUGCGCCACACGAGCCGCACUCGGCUGCGGCAGCGAAAGAGGAGGCAGCCCGCUCGAUGCCGGGCAGCAACGAGGCGGCGGCGGCGGCAAGAGCGGGCGAUGCGCGACAAGAGCGAGAUGCAGCAGGGGCAGAUCCACCGAGCGCCUCUUCAAGCAGCAGCGUCUCCCCCUCUUCCUCGUCCGGCUCCACUCCUGCUCCUUCCUCCGGCGCCUCCAAGCCGUCAACCAUCUCCCGCCUCAUGUCUUCGCCCGUCAUUUUCUCGCCGGUCCGCGCACCCAGACAUCCCAUCGUGCUCUGCCAUGGCCUGUAUGGCUUUGACGUCCGCGGCCCGUUCCUCGGCCUCGAGAUUCACUAUUGGGCCGCAGUGCUGGAUCUGCUGAGGAAGCGCAUUGGCGCAGACGUCGUCGUCAGGGGAGUGCCGGGGUGAGUAGGCAGAGGAGCGGAGACAGGGAGCGCAGAGACGAAGCUCAGGCGGGCGUUGGCAAUGUAGCGAGCGUCUUGGUGGACCGGCGAGCUGGGCCUGAGGGGGGCUGGCGCCGCAUCGCGGAAUGGGCAGCGAUGGGCAGUGCCUCUGCUUGGCGGCACAAAGCAGCGGCGAUGGCUCUAAGAGUGCUUUGCGCACCAUCUGCCCUUUCUGUUGCUCAUGCUUCCCUGCCCGUGUCUUGAUCAGCACCGGCUCCAUCUCCGAGCGAGCAGCAGCCCUGCAUUCCUUCCUCUCCUCUCCCGAUGCCGGCGUGCUCGGCAAGCAGCUCAACUUCAUCGGCCACUCCAUGGGCGGUCUCGACGCACGGCA